CCUGUCCGCCACAUUUCCUUCCAGUUUCCGGGCAUGAAGGACAGCCACAGGCAGCAGAAAGCGGCUGCGGAGCGACAGGACCCCCCGGGGGGAGAGUUCGAGGUUUCCAUCCAGCAGUUGAACGACCUGCUGACGGACAGCAGCGGAUUCUACAGCUGGCCCACCAGACACUUCCAUGAGGUUUACCCGAGGAUCUACGUGGGAAACGCGUUUGUGGCGAUGAACGUGAUGCGUCUGAAGCGUCAGGGCAUCACUCACAUCCUGAACGCCGCUGAAGGAAACUCCUUCAUGCACGUCAACACCAACGCUGAGUUCUACGCCGGCACGAGCAUCACGUACCACGGCGUAGCAGCCAGCGACACCGACCACUUCGACAUCAGCGUUUACUUUGAGGAGGGGGCGGAGUUCAUCGAGAAAGCGCUGGCGUACAAAAAUGGAAAAGGCAAAGUGUACGUGCACUGCAGGGAGGGCUACAGCCGCGCGCCCACUCUAGUCAUCGCCUUCCUGAUGCUGCGCCAGGGCAUGAGCGUGCACACGGCGCUGGCCACGGUGCGACACAAACGAGAGAUCGGACCCAACGACGGCUUCCUGAGGCAGCUCUGCCGACUCAACCAGAGGCAGGGAGCGGACGGAAAGAUCUGGAACAAAUAGACUGUCUGUAAGAGAAGAGAAAGUAUGCUUUGUUUCACGUGAGCAGAGAUGGCAGAAGUACACACAUCCUGUACUCAAGUAGAAGUACAGAUAGUCGUGUUUAAAAAAUACUCUGGUUUAAGUAGAAGUUCUGACUAAACUUCUUUGCUCAAGUAAAAGUAAAGAAGUAUGGGCUUUGAAGUGUACUUCAGUAAAAAGUACCCAUACUGUAACAAGCAGCUGUUUUAAAGAGUACCUGACCUCCCUUUAUAUUAAUAGAACAAUAAUGUCAUUGUUAGCUAAUGAAUGUUUCCAACGUUCCAACGUUUUCAUUGGUCCCUCUUCUUUAGAGAAGACCAAUAAUACACACAAUAAUACUUUUAACACGGGAUAUACCAUGUGGUGAUGAUACACGUCACGUAUAAACCAAGGUGCACUGUAUUUACUAAAUGUGUAAUAUUCUGAGUAUUGGAUUUAUCAUCAGAUCUACGUCAACAUGAAUAAUCAGUUUAAUUUAAUGUGCUUUGGUGUGUCUUCAUGCUGCUCAUUAUUCCAGAGAACAAUAGAGUGGUGUAGAAAUGACAGGUUCCAUUGAACCGGAGAUAUGCUGCCUUCAGGGUCCAAAACAGAAAUAGGACAUCCCAGCACCACUUUAUCAGAAGAAUCAGAAUCAGAAACAGGUUUAUUAGCAGGUAGGUUGACACGUACGAGGAAUUUGACUUGGUGUUUUGGUGCAUACAUACACAUUUAAAAUAAAUAAAAAACACAGAUA